GCUCUCCUCCCUCCUCUUCUUCUUCUCCUCCUCGGGAUUUCUUGGCUUUGGUGAGGAGCACACUUGCCGAUCUGUUGCUGCUGUCCUUGGUGAUGCAGAGCUCAAUCCAAUUAGCUUUCACCUCUAGAUCCUCUGAGCCAGAUUGUGGAAGCUCCAGCCCCGGUGUGUGUGUCAGUGUUGUGUGUGUGUGUGUGUGUGUGUGUCAGUGUUGUGUGUGUGUGUGAAUGUGUGAUGACCAUGUCUUCUCUGCAGUUCAGUCUCUCCAAGCUGGGCUGCUGAGCUGCUGUCUUGUGCUCUCUCUCCCCAUCCCACCAGCCGCAGCACACAGCAAGCCCCCAUCCUCAUCCUCCCUCCUCCCAUGGAGAAGAAGAAGAAGACCAAGUAAGAAGGUCCUCCAUGGCACCCCUCUGCCCUCCUCCAGACUUGGGACAAGAAGAUCUGCUCCAGCUGUGUGGGAAGUGUCUUCUGCACAACAUCUAGCCACCUCUGGAUUGGAGAUGUACCUAGGGCUCCUGGGGGGUUCCCAGCUUCUCUUUCAUCAAGAUUGAAGUGGGUCACGAUCUUGCCGAAAACCUUCCUGUAGUUUAUGAAAAUUCAUCAAUAUCUCCCAUGAUUAUUUAUUUCAAGAAGUUUGACUAAGUUCUGUGUUUUACACAACAUGGCAGAAAAAGCUCCGCCUGGGCUGAACCGAAAGUCUUCAAGAUCGACACUUUCUCUUCCACCAGAACCUGUGGAGAUAAUCAGAAGCAAAGCAUGUUCCCGUAGAGUAAAAAUCAACGUAGGAGGCCUAAAUCAUGAGGUGUUAUGGAGGACUUUAGACCGUCUGCCAAGGACUAGACUAGGAAAACUAAGAGACUGCAACACUCAUGAAGCUCUCUUAGAAGUCUGUGAUGACUACAACCUCAAUGAGAAUGAAUAUUUUUUUGACCGCCAUCCAGGAGCUUUUACUUCCAUUUUAAAUUUCUAUAGGACGGGGAAAUUGCACAUGAUGGAGGAGAUGUGUGCAUUGUCAUUUGGCCAGGAGCUUGAUUUCUGGGGGAUUGAUGAAAUCUAUUUGGAAUCAUGCUGUCAGGCCAGAUAUCACCAAAAGAAAGAGCAGAUGAACGAGGAGCUAAGAAGAGAAGCUGAGACCCUUAGAGAGAGGGAAGGGGAAGAGUUUGAUAAUACAUGCUGCCCAGACAAACGGAAAAAGCUCUGGGACUUACUGGAAAAGCCAAAUUCAUCAGUAGCUGCAAAGAUCUUGGCAAUUAUAUCAAUCCUGUUCAUCGUGCUUUCAACCAUUGCAUUAUCAUUGAACACUCUGCCUGACUUGCAGGAACCGGAUGAGUUUGGACAACUAAAUGACAAUCCACAGCUUGCACAUGUUGAAGCUGUAUGCAUAGCUUGGUUCACCAUGGAAUAUCUCCUGCGCUUUCUUUCAUCCCCAAACAAAUGGAAGUUCUUUAAGGGGCCACUAAACAUUAUAGAUUUGUUGGCUAUUUUGCCAUAUUAUGUUACAAUUUUCCUAACAGAAUCCAACAAAAGUGUGCUUCAGUUUCAGAAUGUCCGACGUGUGGUUCAGAUAUUCAGAAUCAUGAGGAUAUUACGUAUUCUCAAACUCGCCAGACAUUCAACAGGUCUUCAGUCCCUGGGAUUCACGCUCAGGAGAAGUUAUAAUGAAUUGGGAUUACUGAUAUUAUUUUUAGCCAUGGGGAUAAUGAUAUUCUCUAGCUUGGUAUUUUUUGCUGAGAAGGAUGAAGAUGCUACAAAAUUUACAAGUAUACCAGCAUCGUUUUGGUGGGCAACCAUAACAAUGACCACCGUGGGCUAUGGAGACAUCUAUCCCAAGACACUACUUGGCAAAAUAGUUGGGGGUCUCUGCUGCAUUGCUGGAGUUUUAGUGAUUGCACUGCCUAUUCCAAUCAUAGUAAACAAUUUUUCUGAGUUUUACAAAGAGCAGAAGAGGCAAGAAAAGGCAAUUAAGAGGAGAGAAGCUCUUGAAAGAGCGAAAAGGAAUGGAAGUAUUGUUUCCAUGAAUCUCAAGGAUGCAUUUGCUCGCAGCAUGGAAUUGAUCGAUAUUGUUGUAGAUAAGUCUGCAGACGGAACUAAUAAAAUAGAGAAAGGUAAUGAUAAUCAUUUGUCCCCAAGCCGAUGGAAAUGGGCACGGAGGACAAUGUCAGAGACAAGUUCAAAUAAAUCAUUUGACAAUAAAUAUCAGGAGGUCAGUCAACAUGACUCUCAGGAACUAUUAAACAAUUCUUCAUCCAGCCCACAGCAUCUCAGUGCCCAGAAGCUAGAGGAGCUGUACAAUGAGAUCACAAAAGCACAGUCACAUCCUAGUGUUAAUUCUUCAUAUAAUGAGCAGUCUGUCAUCCCUCCUGCAUAUGAGGAGGAAAUAGAAAUGGAGGACGUGUCGGCAAAGAGGAACCAGCUAUCGGUUGCUCCAAAAGAAAUCAUUACAGAUAUGAGAAGUGUGUCUAGCAUUGACAGUUUUGCCAGUUGUGCAACAGAUUUCACAGAAGCUGAACGAUCCCCACUUACACCAUUUCCUGGCAGUAACCUUGAAAUUAGGUUCCCUUCGUACACCGUGGCUGAGGAAGGCAGCCAUGAAGUCAAAGUGUCUCAAUUUUUGCCACGUUCAAAAUACACAGGUUUUGCUCCAAAAGAUGUCACAUUUGAGUAUAAGUUGUCAGAAUCUUCUGGAACCCCCAAAAUACUUCUACAAGAUCAGAUCAAUAAUGAGGUAGAAAGUGAUCAAGGUUCCAUGAAGGGGAAUAAUCCCCUAAGAUCAAGAUCUCUGAGAAUAAAUUCAAAGCAAUCAAAAAGCAGUACUCUCCAAAGUCCAGCAGGUAUUACAAGUACCUUACCAACAAACACAAUAGAACACCCACUGUACACUCAUCUUCAACUAAGCACACUUUUUUUGCAAGACUAUUCUUCCUCAGAGGAACCGACCCAGGCAAAAGCUGAAUCACCCGGUGGACUUGCAAGACCUCCCAUAUCACCUUCUCGAAAUCCAAAACUUUUUUCACUUUCUUCAAAGAAGAGAAGCAGUUUUACAGAAAUAGACACAGAAGAUGAUGACUUCAUGCAGGUAUGUGGCUCAAAGCAUGAUACUCAGGAGGACAUCAAAACUAACUGCAUUGAGGAGCAGAAUGAAGGAACCAGUGUACCCACGGAAUCUGAUACAGUCUCCCUGCAGAAAAAUAUCAAUCAAAACUGUACUCAGGACAUUUACCUGGCAGGAGAGGACACUAAACAGGACAAUAAUCAGGAGGAAAGCAAAGUAGAAAAUCAUCUAUUUGUCCCAGAAAUUCACUCAGAGACUGGAGAAACAGGUUAUUGUCAAACACGUGAGACCAGCAUGUGACUAGUUGCAAAAGCAAUAAAGACUUUUUUUUCUUAAAAGUACUAAGGUUGGUAAUGCCUGUGAACGCAAAAGGAAAAGCCUCAAAGACAACCAUAAACUAUUCAUUUUGCAUGGCAUGAAGAACUGCUUAGUUAAAUAGUUCAGGAACUACCUUUUGUAACAAAAUAUAUAAUGACUCAGCAGCAGUGUGUAAUAAUGAAAGCACUUCUUAAGAGCCAGUGUAUUGCAAAGCCUGACAUUCUUGAUCCUUUAAUCCACGACUGUAGAUGUGUUUUGGAGCGUUUAAAGGCAAUGUAGCGUUUGCAAAGGAAAGGAUUAAGUGUCAAUGCAUGCAUUAAGAAAAAAGGCAGGUGGAAAUGAGGUGCUGUAAGCUUUAAGGAAGCCUAUAUGUGUAUAUAUAUGUUAGCUAGAAGACGGAAUAUAGAUAAACAAGGUAUAUACAUGGAACCCAUCAAUUGGGACACAGGUACUUCCUUCACAGUAUAUUGCUUUGAGGACUUGUACAGACUUACAUUAUGUUGCAGACCUGCAACCUUACUUUUAGCUGGUCCGGAGGUGCAAAGGUUGGCAUUACAACACAUUGGAUAAUUACGUGUGUUGCAAGGCUCGCCAACACUGGAAUUGUUAUGCAACUGAAGUAAAAUGUUUUCUGUUGAGAGGUCUUUGUUGGUUUCAAUUAAGAGAAUAUUUUUUAUUUUUUUGUGCUAUAAUUCACUGCAGAUUUUUGCUGUGCAUACAAGAUUGUUUUUUGCAUUUCUUAUUAAAAAAUAAUAAAGUAAAAAAAAAAAAAAAAAACAGGCAAGGUUUAACAACCACAAAUACUAGUGUGAAGACUGAUGUUUAAUGUGUUAACUUGCCAAAAACGUUGUCAAUGAUAAUGUCCCACUGUUGAUUGCCCAAAAGUACACUAAUUGAUCGCCACGUAAAUAGUGCCAAUUGCCAUGAGUUUUCAAUCUACAUGAUUAAUGUCCUACUGUGUAUUUUUUUCCAGUCAAUAUUUCUUCUUUACGAUCAUGGAUAAGUGACUAAUCAGGUUCAACAUUUCCACACAGAUUUCAUUACCGAUAAAGACCACUUAUGUCUGGCACAUUCCAACAACCUAUUGCAUCUUAACAUUGCAUUGCAUCAAAGACAGAAGUUCAAUAUGGUAUAGCUAGUAAUCAAAAAAUAGUUUGCUCUAAGCAUUCAGAUUUUUUUUACUUUAGGUUUAUUUGAUUAGGAGACCUAAGCAGUGUUGAAUUACUUAAUGACAUAAUUGGAAUGCAAAGGGACCACUCGGAAUAUCAUCUUAUAUUAUAAAUUAAUUAAUAUUAUCAUUGUAAAGGGAACUUUAAGCACAAAAUAUUUUAAUAUACCUUAGGCUAUACAAGAACUCCAGUCUGAUUAAAAA